CUUAAAUAAAGAAAAUAUAUCAGAUAGACGUCACCCUCGUCAGAACGUCCCUGCGAUUGCUUGCAGCGGGAAGUUUUCUUUCUCUCUUAGCUCCCGAAUUGAUUUGGUAGAACCAGUAGGCUUUGGCGAUUUCCCGUAGCAUAAUUUAACGAAUCUGUCUCUGCUGCGAGUGGGGAAUCCAUGGGGAAAGGAUCAAAAGAUCUCGGCAAGAAGGAGAGCUUAAAUUCUACACCCGUUAAUUCAGAUACUUUUCCUGCUUGGGCUAGCGAUGUCGGCGAAUGCGAAGAGCAUUUCGGUGUUAGUCGUCAGAAAGGGCUGAGUACUGAUGAGGUGUUGAAGCGACAUCAGAUCUAUGGUUUGAAUGAGUUAGAGAAGCCUGAGGGCACUUCCAUUGUCAAGCUGAUAUUGGAGCAGUUCAAUGAUACAUUGGUUCGUAUUCUUUUGGCGGCCGCUGUUAUUUCCUUUGUCUUGGCCUUCUUUGAUGGCGACGAAGGUGGUGAGAUGGGUAUCACCGCUUUUGUUGAGCCGCUUGUCAUUUUUCUCAUCUUGAUUGUUAAUGCCAUUGUUGGGAUCUGGCAAGAAACUAAUGCCGAGAAGGCCUUGGAAGCUUUGAAAGAGAUUCAGUCUCAGCAAGCUACUUGUUUGGCUCUUGGUACACGGAAGAUGGCGCAGAAGAAUGCUCUGGUUAGGAAGUUACCCAGUGUGGAGACUCUUGGAUGCACUACUGUAAUUUGCUCUGAUAAAACCGGAACCCUGACAACCAAUCAGAUGGCUGUUUCAAAGCUUGUUGCUAUGGGUUCUAGGAUUGGAACCCUUCGAUCUUUCAAUGUUGAGGGGACCUCAUUUGAUCCUCGAGAUGGAAAGAUUGAAGAUUGGCCUCGGAUGGAUUCAAAUCUUCAGAUGAUCGCCAAAAUUGCUGCCAUAUGCAACGAUGCUAGUGUCGAGCAAUCUGAUCAGCAGUUUGUGUCUAGGGGCAUGCCUACUGAGGCAGCUUUGAAGGUUUUGGUGGAGAAAAUGGGAUUUCCCGAAGGAUUAAUGAAAGCGUCGUCUAGUGGCGAUGUCUUACGUUGUUGUCGGCGAUGGAGUGAAUUAGAGCAACGGAUUGCCACUCUUGAGUUCGACCGUGACCGGAAAUCAAUGGGAGUUAUGGUGGAUUCCAUCUCAGGAAAGAAACUGCUACUGGUUAAGGGUGCGGUAGAAAAUUUAUUGGAAAGAAGUACACGUAUUCAGUUACUUGAUGGUUCCGUUCACGAACUUGACCAAUACUCAAAGGAUCUUAUUUUACAAAGCCUACAUGAUAUGUCCUUGGGUGCAUUAAGAUGUCUCGGAUUUGCGUACUCAGAUGUUCCCUCAGGUUUUGCUACUUAUGAUGGCAGUGAAGACCAUCCUGCUCACCAGCAACUUCUCAACCCGUCCAAUUAUUCUUCUAUCGAAUCCAAUCUAACAUUCGUUGGAUUUGUUGGUCUAAGGGAUCCCCCAAGGAAAGAGGUGCGCCAAGCCAUUGCAGACUGCCGAACAGCAGGUAUUCGGGUCAUGGUUAUUACCGGAGACAACAAGAGCACAGCGGAAGCUAUCUGUCGUGAAAUUGGCGUAUUUGAAGCAGGUGAAGAUAUCUCCUCAAGAAGCUUGACAGGAAAAGAAUUUAUGGAUGUUCAAGAUCAGAAGAAUCAUCUAAGACAGACUGGAGGGCUCUUGUUCUCUCGGGCUGAACCCAAACAUAAACAAGAGAUUGUUAGGUUACUUAAAGAUGAUGGAGAAGUGGUUGCCAUGACUGGAGAUGGAGUCAAUGAUGCUCCUGCCCUGAAGUUGGCUGAUAUUGGUGUGGCUAUGGGCAUUUCUGGCACAGAGGUUGCAAAAGAGGCAUCUGACAUGGUGUUGGCAGAUGAUAAUUUCAGCACAAUUGUUGCAGCUGUUGGGGAAGGCAGGUCCAUCUAUAAUAACAUGAAGGCCUUCAUCAGGUACAUGAUCUCUUCCAACAUCGGUGAGGUUGCAUCAAUAUUCUUGACAGCUGCUCUUGGAAUCCCAGAAGGCAUGAUCCCGGUUCAGCUUCUGUGGGUGAAUCUUGUAACAGAUGGUCCUCCAGCUACGGCUUUGGGAUUCAACCCCCCUGACAAAGAUAUUAUGAAGAAGCCUCCUCGUAGGAGCGAUGACUCGCUUAUCACUGCCUGGAUUCUCUUCCGCUAUAUGGUGAUUGGAAUGUAUGUGGGAGUAGCAACAGUGGGAGUAUUCAUCAUAUGGUACACACACAACAGCUUCAUGGGCAUAGACUUGAGCCAAGACGGUCAUAGCCUUGUGAGCUAUUCGCAGCUCGCACAUUGGGGCCAAUGCUCUUCAUGGGAAGGCUUCAAAGUGUCUCCUUUCACAGCAGGGUCUCAGACUUUCUCAUUCGAUUCAAACCCUUGUGACUAUUUCCAGCAGGGGAAAAUCAAGGCAUCCACACUCUCCCUCUCAGUGUUGGUGGCCAUUGAGAUGUUCAACUCCCUGAACGCACUCUCAGAAGACGGCAGCCUGGUGACGAUGCCACCGUGGGUGAACCCGUGGCUGCUCCUGGCAAUGGCGGUCUCUUUUGGGCUCCACUUUGUGAUACUAUACGUUCCAUUCUUGGCGCAGGUCUUUGGGAUAGUGCCACUGAGCUUGAAUGAGUGGCUGCUGGUGCUGGCUGUAUCGCUUCCGGUGAUUCUGAUAGACGAAGUGCUCAAGUUUGUAGGAAGAUGCACCAGUGGCUACCGCUACUCACGUCGCACUCCCUCUGUUAAGCAAAAGGAGGAGUAAGAAUCCCAAUCAAAAGCAUUACAUUAUUAGACUCGUAGUUUUAGCUGAAAUUUAACUUUUGUCGCUUUGGGUAUUUAACUCCCCUAAACAAUAAUUUUUGGUUUGCGAAAAAUGUUCCUAACUUGAUUCUCAUUUGGUUCAUGGACAAAGAGCCCGAAAUAGAGAUGAAUGUUUCAACCAAUCCUUCAUUGU